CACCGUACUCGCCUCAACGAGUCACCGGCCGCCGCCGACGUAUGUGCCACCAAAUAGCGUGUUGGUGCAGGUAUGGGCGGUGGGAGUGGACACGUUGGAUGGGAGGCUGGUCGGUAUUGAUGUGGACAGCAGGUGCAGGAAAUCCAUAGGGAAGGAACGUGCGAGCUCAGAUCGUCAAGCGGACGUUGGCUACAUUCCGGGGCGCUCGUUCGUUGGUCGCGUGCUCCAAUGCGGUUGGGAGGUACGGGACGAGCACACACGGAGAGGGGACUGGGUUGUGGGCCUCCUCGAUGUCCGCAAGGCUGGUGCUCUCGCUGAAUUCGUCGUUGUGGACAGACAUCGCGUCCGCCGCGUUUCUCAGCCCCAAAUGCCAAAACACGGCCUCGACGAUUCCCCCGAGAUGGUCGAACAAGCGUAUCCUACUCCCCCUCCAUCGAGGCCGUCCACACCUAGUCUAUCCGGCGCCAUGCCCUCAAUUCGCCCCGCAGCAGGCUCCCGUAGAUCAAGCCGAUCUAUGCACAUCCCGUCCCAAAUUCCCGCUUUAACUCUGGAGGAACUAGCGCUUCUGCCGCUAGUUGGAGUGCCCGCAUUCCGAGCAGUUCGUACGCUCCUCUUCGCCUUCGCGGGAUCGCCGUCAAAGCAGCGUGAACCUCAUCAGCGCAGCGCCAGUAUGGACGACAUCAAUCGACAUCCCGCAGACUUGAAAGCGUUCAUGGCCGCAUUAUCGGGCACUUCGAAUGACGCUAAGCGCGUGUUGGUGCUGAUGGGCCAUGAUGGCGUUGGCGCGUUUGCUACGCAGCUCCUUGUACGAAGGGGUUGGAGGGUAAGUGUUCAUGCGCCGGGACCGCGACGGGACGAGGAGAGUAAUAUGGCCGCCAUCGAGACGCGCGCCCGACGUUGGGGCGCCGAGGAGGUUGUGUUCGAUGACGCAGGCGAGGGCGGAGAAGGCGGCGCGACUGGUGCCGUCGUCCGCGUCCUCGAACGCCUCAGCGACGACGGCGACACCUUCGACGCGGUCCUCGACACCAUCGGCGGCCGCGCUAUCUGGGAAGCUUCCGAAAAGCUCCUGCGCGGAUCCUCGCCCGUAUCCCCACCCGCCACGCCCUCCUCCCUCCGCCGCAGCCUCAGCGUGCGCAAACGCCGCGGCCCGCCCCGCUUUGCGCAGUUCACUACGCUCGUCGGCGACACGCCGGAGAAGCCAGUCCCGACUGCGGGCGACCACUAUCGCGCGGGAAUGCGCGCGAUGCGCGGCCGAGAGAGCGGCGACAGCAGUGGCGACCGUGCGCGCGUCGGCUACGCAUGGGUAGACCCCGUGUCAGAUGUGGACUGGGCGAGUGCAGGAGUGGGGGAUGCGAUCGAGGGCGCACUGGUGGCGGCGGUGCGGGAGGGCGUGCGGCCUUGGGUGUCAGGGCAGGACGAAGGGGAACGCGCAGCGCGAGUGGUGACGUUUGAGCGGGCGCCAGAUGUGUUCGUGGAUGGCAAUGAGGUUUUAGAGGAAGGGGGCACGGUGGUGGUGAAGGUGGUGGGGUAAGGUGUAAGCCCAGAGGAGGCGAGAUAGUUGCGGAUGGUCCCUACGUAGACGUAGCAGGCUCGCUGGAUUCACACAUGCACACUUGGGACGUUGGCCGUGCGUGAGCGGACGAUGAUAUGUAAAUUAUGCCACUAUUCAUAUUCGUGUACUUUUCGGAGCGCGAGCUGUGGACGUUACUCGCUGCCUCGUGUAUCGACCUUCGCUAGUGUUUGUAUAGACGUUCGUUCGUUGUUGUUACAAAUACACAUACAAUCCCUGUAACUACACAUGCCCUCCUUCCGUUGCAUUAUUGCAUUAGAUCCGUCGUACUCGUUACAUUGUUACAUGGACCUCAUUGUUUCCAAACCCUUCGGUACCAUAUACCGCAACAAAAUAUUAGAAGACGAAGCGCUCGGUAUCGCCACGCAUCGCUUGAUUCGAUGUCAU